AUGAAUCUCCUACUCACAUUUCUACUAUUGACCACGUUGGCUGUGGCUAAAAGGCCCAACAUCCUUUUCGUCCUGACCGACGACCAGGGCAAGUAUGUGGGAGGAUUAGAACACAUGCCUAAGCUACAGUCCCUUCUCGUCCAAAAAGGAGCCACAUACCCCAAGCACUACUGCUCCGUAGCCCUAUGCUGUCCUUCACGCGCCAACCUCUGGACCGGCCGCAUGCCACACAACACCAACGUGACCGAUGUCUCAGCCCCCUACGGUGGCUACCCGAAGGUCGUAUCAGCCGGCUGGAAUGAUAACUACCUCCCACUCUGGAUGCAAGAGGCAGGGUACAACACGUACUACGUGGGCAAGCUGUGGAACAGCCACACCGAAGACAACUACAACAAGCCCUACGCGCGAGGCUUCAACGGUUCCGAUUUCCUCCUCGACCCCUGGACAUACCGCUACUACUCUGCGCGGAUGACCCGUAACGGGCAACCGCCUGUCAGUUACAGUGGCAACUACUCGACCGACGUCAUCGCUGACAAGGCUGCGGGCUUCCUGGAUGAAGCGCUGAAGCUGGAUCGUCCGUGGAUGUUGACUGUUGCUCCUAAUGCGCCGCAUGCGAAUGGAUCACAUAGUCCUGAGCGCGAUGCUACUUGGUUCGGGCAGCCGGAGUAUGCGCCUCGCCAUGCGGAUCUGUUUAAGGAUCAAAAGGCGCCAAGAGACGCGAGCUUUAAUAAGCUGAUUGAUGGGGCUGUUAGCUGGGUUGAGAACAUUCCCGAGUUGAGCCAGAAGGAGAUUGAUUAUAUUGAUCUCUUCCACAGGUGUCGGUUGCGUGCGUUGCAAGCCGUGGAUGAUCUUAUUGAGAGGCUGGUUGAUAAGCUUGAGAAGGUGGGCGAGCUGGACAAUACUUAUAUCUUCUUCUCGACCGAUAAUGGUUAUCAUCUGGGUCAGCACCGUAUGCAGCCCGGAAAGAACUGUGGAUUUGAAACCGAUAUCAAUGUCCCAUUAAUUGUUCGUGGCCCUGGUAUCCCCGAGAACCAGACAUUCGACGUCGUCACUAGCCACACAGACCUUGCGCCUACCUUCUUAUCCAUCGCCAACACUACAAGGGAAGGACUAGACGGGAAAGCCAUCCCGAGGACAUUGCAAGAUAGCAAGACGGACGAGAAAAAGGAACACGUCGCCAUCGAGUACUGGGGUCUGGCUGUGCCUGAGGGUAUCUACGGCUAUGCCAGCGACAAGGACAACCAAGUCGGCAACAGCUACAAGAACAAUACCUAUAAGGGAGUCCGGUUGAUCUCCGAUGACUAUAGUUUGUACUAUUCCGUGUGGUGCACCAAUGAGCUGGAAUACUACAAUCUCAAGGAUGACCCUCACCAAACUCUCAACCUGGCUGCUCAUCCAGCAAAACACACAAACUACAAGAUUGCCAACCGUGAGCUACCUCAAAUCAUCCAUCGUCUCGACGCUAUGAUGAUGGUCCUCAAGUCCUGCGAGGGCGACGCUUGCCGAUACCCCUGGCGCCAGCUGCACCCAGGAGGCAAGGUCAAUACUCUUGCCGAGGCGUUAGAGACUGAAUUUGACGAGUUCUACGUCAAUCAGCCAAAGGUAUCCUUCUCGGCUUGUGAGCUCGGCUAUAUAGUUGCAUCUGAGGGACCUCAGAAGUUCGAUGUAUAUGGCAGCGGAGAGAAGACGAGACGGGGAUGGGGAUGGGAUAGUCUGUUCCAGUGGUGA